CCGACAUUUCACUUUGGCACGUCAAGUCGCAUGUUAUCUCGCAUGUAAAAAAUUGACCGAUUACCAUCCGGACCGCAAUGUGCGACUGUCCUCAAGACCAGAACAGCGGUGAUUCGGACACGGGAAAUGCUUGCGCUGUGAGUCAAGUCCACAUCUUUGACAAAUGCAAGGGCACUCAGGACCCCGAAGAUCCUGGAAACUGGAAGCUGAUGACCCUGUUCGAACCCCCUGUGAAAAACGACGACGUGGGAAUAGACGAGACACCGAAACCGCCGAGUUCCCAAUGCUCGAGUGACUCGACCAGAGAAUACGAGUUCGUCAAUUCUCAAGAUUACGAGUACCUCUGUGGCGAGGAGGAGGUCCCGGAGUACCCCCUGAUACCCUGCAAACCUUGCGAACCUGGGGAAGAGGAAGAAGAGGCAGAGCCAGACGUCGAGUGCACCUUGGCUAUCAUCAAGCCGGAGGCUGUCGCAUGCAGAAAAGAAAUUGAGGACCGAAUACUGGAGGAAGGCUUCGAGAUCUAUCAGACUCGGUGGCUCCAGCUGACACCCGAACAGACCUCGGACUUUUACACGGACCGUUACGGGCAGGUGAACUUCGCUCACCUCGUCGCCUACAUGUCGUCCGCUCCGAUAAUCGCCAUGGUUUUAGCCAAGCAGGGGGGAAUUCAAGACUGGCGACACGCGAUGGGACCAACGAAGGUAACCGAAGCUCGACUCUAUUACCCUGACAGCAUUCGAGCCAGGUUUGGCCGGCGUGGUGAAGACUUCAAGAACGCCGUUCACGGAAGUGCGAGCCGGGAGCAAGCCGAACGAGAAAUUCACUUCUUCUUUCCGGAGUUUAUCAUAGAACCACUACUGAGGGGUGAAACGGCGGCGGACUAUCUGUGGGAAGUGAUCAAUAACGUCCUGCUCGAGGGAUUAACCUUGUGCUGCAAGCGAAAACCAGCCGACCCUAUUUUGUGGUUAGCAAACUGGCUGAUCCUGAACAAUCCAAAUGAUCCCAAGUUACCGGAUGAUCUGGCUAUGAUACCGACUUGACGAUACUUACCUUUGAAUUUAAUCCCAACAAGCAUACUGUACACUGUUCGCCAGACCUCACGUUGUAAUUACGUAUGUGGUAUUCGGAAUUAUUACACGGCAAUUUGGAUUUAUAAUUU